UAAUGACAUUUUGUUCUGUCAUCAAAUUAUCAGUGUCAUUUUCAUCAGUUCAGCAUGAAUUCAAAAUUAUAAGUGAUAUGCCAAAAUGAAUCCAAUUUCUUUCCCGACAAUAAUAUGUCUGGUAGAGAAGUCAUUCAAAUCCAUAUUGGUCAAGCGGGUGUUCAAGUAGCGAAUGCCUGUUGGGAACUAUACUGCUUAGAACAUGGAAUCAAAGUAGACGGAACCAUUUACGAUUAUGAUAGGACUGAUUCAAGCUAUGGGGCCUUUUUCAACAUCACUGGUGCAGGACAAGCGGUACCGAGAGUCGUCAUGGUAGAUUUGGAGCCAACGGUUAUAGACGAAAUUCGUACUGGAUAUUACCGCAAUUUCUUCCAUCCUGAUCAGCUGUUAACGGGUAAGGAAGACGCAGCAAAUAACUACGCAAGAGGAAAAUAUGGUAUAGGAACAGAAAUGCUGGAUUUGGCUUUGGAUAGAACUAGGCUCGUUGCAGAAGAUUGUGGCCGUCUUCAGGGCUUCAUAAUUUUUCGAGCCUUUGGAGGAGGCACUGGAGGUGGCUUCACGUCUCUUUUCUUGGAACACCUGGGUAUCGACUACAGAAAGACUAGCGUUCUGGAGUUUGCAAUCUUCCCAGCACCUAGAGUAUCGACCAUAAUCGUGGAACCGUAUAAUGCUGUUUUGGCAACCAACGCUUCGAUCGAGCAUGAGGACGUGUGUUUCGUGAUGGACAACGAAGCCGUCUACGACAUUUUGAACAGAAGCCUGGACACCCCGCGACCAACGUACACCAACCUGAACCGCCUCCUGGGGCAGGUGGUUUCUGCGGUAACUGCUUCUUUGAGAUUUGAAGGGGCUGUGAACGUAGACUUGACUGAAUUCCAAACUAACCUCGUUCCGUAUCCGAGGAUCCAUUUUCCCUUGAUCACCUAUGCUCCAUUCAUACCUGCGAACAAAGCAUCCCAUGAGCAGUUAUCUGUUGCGCAACUAACGAAUGCCUGUUUCGAACCGGCCAAUCAGAUGGUUAAAUGUGACCCUCGUAAAGGUAAAUAUAUGUCUUGCUGUUUACUCUACAGAGGCGAUGUGGCUCCAACCGACGUUAACAACGCCAUCAUGAACAUAAAAAGUAAACGAUCGAUACAAUUCGUAGACUGGUGUCCAACAGGGUUCAAAGUAGGGAUCAACUACAUGCCACCCGUGGCGGUACCUGGUGGUGAUCUUGCUAGAGUAACUAGGGCUGUUACGAUGCUUUCUAACAGUACUGCUAUAAGAGAGGCUUGGGAGCGGUUGCUCCAGAAAUUCAGUUUGUUGUACUCGAAGAGAUCAUUCGUUCACCACUACGUAGGUGAAGGUAUGGAAGAAGGAGAAUUUCAGGACGCUAAAGAGGAUCUUCAGGCUUUGAUUUUGGAUUAUAAAGAGGUUGACAGCUGAUUCCCUGUAUACUUAGCUAUGAAGAUAUAUUUGAAACUGAUUGAAGAAUCCAAACAAAAAUAAUACGUGACGCUUUGGAGCACUGUGUAAGAGGACGGAAAUGUAUUCAACCCCGUUUUUAAAAAUCGCUGAUAUUGGAUGGUCUUUUAAUAUCAUGACACAGCAGUCAUGAUAUUAAAAUAUGAUAUGAUAUUUCACAUGAAAUAUAAAAUAUUAUAUAAAGUUUCGUGAUAUCAUUGUAAUAUAACAGAUGUCGUAAUAGUAAUGUCUCAAA